GCAUCACAUACACAUAUACAAAGUCCUUAAAAAAAUGCAUAGCUUAGCCUGUAAUUCUUGCUUUCGCCGUGCUGUACCCCUGCGCCUUGGCCUAUCCGCGAUGCGUUCUACCCUAGCCAUCCCCUCCUCUCACUCGGGUUAUCUUACGCGAUGGGUUAGUACCCCCUCUAUAUGCGGCUUCAGCACCUCGACCACUAACCUCUCCUCAGCCUCAAGUGGAAGGAAGGAUCAGCAUAUCGACGACGCGAUGCCGCCUGCCGCUAGCCCCAUGUCCACAGAAACGGAGACUCUUACUGAACAAAUCCGUAGCCUUUCUGAUGAAGACCAGCGUCUUAUCUACAACGUCUUGAAGGACCCUGACAGCCAGAAAAGUUCAGUCAUGGGUGGACACGGUAUCGGGCCAAAGGGAAGCGAUAUGGUGGCCGCCUUUACAUGCGGACGUUGCAACUACCGUAUGGUGAAGAAAUUCUCAAAGCACGCCUAUACAAAAGGAAUCGUAAUUGUGGAAUGCUCGGAGUGCCGUGUAAUGCACCUCUUGGCCGAUAACCUUGGCUGGAUUGAUGAAGAAGCUAAAAAUAUUGAGGAUGUAUUACGAGAGAAGGGAGAAAAAUUCAUAAGGAUAGGUGGUAGUAGUGACUAUCAAGUGUUACCAGCGGAAGAAGGAGACCAAUGAUAACAGAAUUGUCUAGAUAAUAGAUGCUUGAACUUCCCUCACACACACUGAGGAUUAUCUUAUUAACAUCAUUGUGCUAUUUAUUACACAUGGAUUUUAUGGGUAUAUGUGUAUUUGAAAUUCUUUGGUAAAGCACUGCUUUAAUGUUAAUCUAAUUUUUUCUGUACCUAUAACAACAUUACCAUUUGCAUACAUUUUCUUAUUUUACUGAAGAUUCGGAAAAUGCAUACUGCAAGCGAAGGCGCUAACAA